AUGGUUACAAUCGCGACCAUUCAACCAGCGCCAACGCUCCCUUCACGUCUCCUCCGCUUCUUCGCGAAAUACCCACCCGUCCCAAUCGCUCGCAAGCUCGCUGAGACCGGCGCUUAUGAGAGCGCAGACUUGGACUUGGAUAAAUCAACAGUCUCGACAGAAACCACUUCUUUGGCAUUCGAUACAACAGCCCUUACGGCAACAUCCUCCUGUAAGCAUUCUCGUAAAGAGUGUGAUGGCUCUCUUCCGUACCGCUCGCCCUUCGCACCGCAAAAAAACUUCGUGACAGGCAAAUGGCGCGGUCCGAUAUAUGGUCUCCGUCAACAGGCCGACAUCUGCAAGCUAGCGCGGGCAUAUGAAGUGGAAGACUGGUUACCAUGGAGUAUUAAGAAACAGGGCGAGCGCGAGAAGCGGCGUAUUGAGAGAGGGCUACAGGUACGAGGUACUGGUGUGGGUCAGAAGCCAAAAGGAAAGAAAUGGGAGAGACAGUUGGGACCGAAGCUGGAGAAGAGGAGACAGGCAAUGCUAGAGAUGCCACAAUUAAUCAAGGAGUGGAGACUAGCUGGACGAUCCAGAGGUUGGAAGAAGUGGCCGAAAUAA